UCUCAUGUGAGGAAGCCGAAGACAUGGCGCUGCGUAUAGGAUGUGGUGACAGAAGAGCGUCUGUGUUCACCUCAGCGAGCAGUCAGAGACGCUCAGCACCUCAAACAGGCCGACACCUCACAUCCCCCGCUGACAGGGGGAUAAGUCGUCUACUUUUGUCUGCGGUUCCCUGGUGUCAGUCUAGCCAGCGUUCCCAUCAUACUCCUGGCACCUCUCUGAAGUACAUACCACGGCGUGCCGUGCUGUAUGUUCCCGGCAACGACGAGAGAAAACUGCGGAAGCUGACUUCGCUGGACGUGGACUGCGCCGUUCUGGACUGUGAGGAUGGAGUCGCCCUCAACAAGAAGGAUGCAGCUCGGAAAACUAUCCCAAAGAUGUUAGCUGAGCUGGAUCUGGGGCAUACGGAGAAGUGUGUGCGGGUGAACUCGGUGUCCAGCAGCCUGGCUGAAGCUGACAUGGAGGUGAUUCUGCAGGCAGACGUGCUUCCCACAGCUCUCAUGCUGCCAAAGGUAGAGGACACAGGAGAGGUGCAGUGGUUUGUUGACAGGUUUCAGCGAAACUUAAAAGGCAGAGAGCUUGAGGAACCCAUCCGCUUGGUCACCUUUGUGGAAACUGCUGUGGGUCUGCUGAAUUUUAAGGCAGUGUGUGAAGCACUUCGAGAUCUUGGGCCAAAGGCAGGUCUUCAUCAUGACGGAGUUGUCUUCGGGUCAGAUGACUUCUGUGCCAGCAUAGGAGCCACACGCACUAAAGAUGCUAAAGAACUCCUGUAUGCUCGGCAGAAAGUGGUGGUCACCACCAAAGCUUUCGGUCUCCAGGCGAUCGACCUUGUUUACAUUGACUAUCAGGAUGUGGAAGGACUGAGGCAGCAGGCCAGAGAGGGCGCACUUAUGGGCUUCACUGGAAAACAAGUGAUUCACCCCAACCAGAUCAAGGUUGUUCAAGAUGAAUUUGCCCCCAGUCCAGAGAGAAUCAAGUGGGCCACGGAGCUGAUCGCUGCUUUCGAGGAGCAUCAGAAGUUGGGAAAGGGGGCUUUCACCUUUCAUGGCAGUAUGAUUGACAUGCCAUCUCUGAAGCAAGCUCAGAACAUUGUCACGAUGGCUUCAACUGUUCAGGGAAAGUGAGCCAAACCUGAGUUCCUCAGACAUCAAAAUGUGCACCAUGCUGGCUGUGCUGUGCACUUCACAUCAAGAGCUAAAAACGACCUGUGCAUUUGUUUAACCAGUAACAGAGAUGAUGUUCUAGCUGAUGUGUUGAUUAUUUUGUCUUCUGAAAUUCCUGGUGCAUUACCAUUUUAUGUAUUAGUUUGCAUUUGUGUGUGUGUGUGUGCGUGUGUCAUGCCCGCCCCCUGCCUCUCUGGUGUCAGGGCAGACGAUUGGCCGUGGUAAAGGUUGUGCGUGCCCAACGAAAGGGCAAACAAACAGAGCUGCCCUGCCGUCGAGCUUCCAUUCAGCCUGAAGGCUCCUCCAGGCCCCGGAACAUCAAAGCGCUAUUUGCCAAGAAGCCUUUGCGAAUUUACUAAAACCAACAUUGAGAGAAUGAGCCUGUGAGCCCGCUCUAAAUUGUAGGCCUUUGUUUCAGGGGUCUCAGCAAGCCAGUUUGUUCUUCAGGACAAGGCUUGAAUGUGUCUGCAGCCUGGCGUAAGCUCUACACGGUGUGCCACACGCUCACUCACAAACACGUACACAAAAGGCUCCACGAGGGCUCGCUCUAUGUAAAUAUCAGCAGUUUUCCAUGGCUUUGUUUCCCGGUCAGUGGUUCCCAUCUCUCCGUCCAGCUUCUAAGUCGCCAUUAACAUGGCCAAGUGCUCAAAAGACGUGCCGCUGUUGUCCAUUUCACUAGUGUUCCUCACACACACUUUGUCAAGAAUGUCUCUUUUGAAAUAAAACUCCAGGAUAUCAUUCCCAAUGAAUGACCAUCCUUUCCACCCUUGAGGGCGUUGUUGUUUUUUAUGUUGUUUGUCAUGAAUAUAUCCCACAGUAUGCUAUAUUCCCGCUCCUUGCUGCUGGUCUCCCCUGAGCUGAUGACAUAUUUGGCAGAAAUGUCUGGGAUGGGGGUGGGGGGAAUGGUUGAUGGUUCAGUUGGUCACUAUGGUAAUAGAGGCCUCUGCAUAAAGUGGGACUGAAUAUGGCGUGAUCAAUAGUGUCUGUAGCAAGCGACUCGGCCCGAGCUCUGUGCCAGCCUCGGGAUGCAGACAGAAAGAUGGAAGCCGCUGCUGUGAGCGGCCCAAAGGGCCCGACAGUAAGCUGACGACCUGGCACCCAGCCCACACCUCUUUGCCGCCCCCUCUUCCAUGCUCUCUGCCUUUUGCACUCAUUUAUUUUUCAUUUUCUUUAGAAUCGUCUUUUUGGGCUCAUGUCAGACAAGCCCUUUUGCUGUAAGCGCUCUUUAAGCAUGUCUUCAAGAUUCUCAAUCAGAGCCUGAGACCAUAGGUCAGUAGACCA